AUGCGCGGCGUGCCGGGGGCGAGGCCGGCCUUUGCGCGCGGUCUGCUCUCCGUCGUGAGUUCGGGCCUCAGCGAGGAAAGCGAUGAGAUAGAGAGCAGCGGAGAGAGCAGCACCUACUGCCCCAGCUCCAGAUCGCCCAGCCCCAGCUUAAUUGUAACAUGUGAUGAAAAGUGGAUUCUUUAUGAUAACCGGAAAAGAAAAAUGCAAUGGCUGACCCCAGGUCAAAUGCCACAACAGUGUCCUAAAGCAAAACUUACCAAUAAAAAGGUAAUGGUAACUGUUUGGUGGUCUCAGCAUGGUGUUAUUCACUAUAGUUUUCUCCGAUCUGGUCAAGCAAUAACGGCAGAUGUCUACUGUGCCGAAUUCCGAACCAUGUUGACAAAACUAGCAGUUAAACAGCCCCGACUCAUGAAUCGAUCUUCACCAUUAUUGCUCCACGACAACGCGAGACCUCACACAGCACGAGAAAGCAUUUUAACCCUUCAGGAACUACAGUUAGAAACUAUUCGUCAUCCUCCGUAUUCACCAGACCUUGGUCCAACGGACUACCAUUUUUUUCGUGAUUUGGACAAUUAUCUACGUGACAAGAAGAUUUCUUCCAAGGAGGCAGUACAAAAUGCUUUCACACAGUUUGUGCAGUCUAGAUUGUCGGACUUCUAUCGCAAAGGCAUUAAUGACCUUCCCAUUAGAUGGGAUCUUAUGUCACAGAUCUCAGAAACCUAA